UUACUUCCGCCUCGUUCCUUUCCCCUGCGUGUCUGAUCUGAGUACAGUCGCACGUGUUCCUCUGCUUAACAUCAGUUUAGAUGCCGUCAAAGAUUCACACUGAAGUUGAUCACAUCACACACAUGGAGGACGUUGACAACGGUCUGGAGCUUAUAAAGAAAAAGAAGAAAAAAAUCAAAGAGAUAAAGUCCACCGCAGAGAUGGAUGAAUGUGAAGCACCCGCUCCCAAGAAGAAAAAGACUGAGAAGAUAAAAACUGAAUCUUUAGAUGUGAAUGGAAACACAGAGCAAAGUCCCAUCAAGCAAAAGAAGAAGAAGAAGAAAAAAGAAAAAUCAAAUGCAGAGAACACAAAUGGCGAUGCAGAGAACACAAAUGGCGACACAGAGAUGUUAACAACCUCCAGAUCAUCAGAGAUCAUCACAUGUCCUCCAGUAGAGACACCAGGACCAUCCAGUGAGGACUCAAACAGUGACAGUGACCCAGAGAAGGAAACUCCAGAGCAAAUAGAAGGAGCGUUUUCCAACUUCAGAAUCUCCGAGAACACCAUCAAACUACUGCAGGCACGUGGUGUUACGUACCUGUUUGACAUCCAGGUGAAGACCUUUAACUCUGUGUAUGAUGGAAAAGAUCUCAUUGGGCAGGCAAGGACGGGCACAGGAAAGACCUUCUCGUUUGCUGUCCCGCUGGUGGAAAAACUGCAGGCGGAUGGAGAUGAGAGGAGGAGAGGUCGACCCCCAAAGGUCUUGGUUCUUACACCGACUCGAGAACUCGCUAUUCAAGUAGCCAAAGACUUUAAAGACGUCACAAGGAAACUUUCUGUUACAUGUUUCUAUGGAGGAAGCCCCUACAAUCCUCAACUUGAUGCGAUCCGCAAUGGCAUUGACAUUUUGGUGGGAACGCCUGGUCGAAUCAAAGAUCACCUGCAGAACAACAAACUGGACCUGUCUCAGGUCAAACACGUGGUUCUGGAUGAAGUGGACCAAAUGCUUGACAUGGGCUUUGCAGAACAGGUGGAGGAAAUACUCUCCAUGUCAUAUAAAAAAGAUGCAGAAGAGAAGCCUCAGACGCUGCUCUUUUCUGCCACGUGUCCUUCCUGGGUUUAUGAUGUGGCCAAGAAAUACAUGCGCUCUCAGUACAUACAUGUGGAUCUCAUUGGGAAAAGGACUCAGAAAGCAGCCACCACAGUCGAGCACUUGGCGAUCGAGUGUCACUGGUCUCAGAGAGCGUCAGUCAUCGGUGAUGUUAUUCAGGUCUACAGCGGCUGUCAAGGACGAACCAUCGUCUUCUGCGAGACUAAGAGGGAAGCCACAGAGCUCUCCAUAAACACAUCAAUCAAACAGAGUACACAGUCAUUACAUGGUGACAUUGUUCAGAAACAGAGAGAAAUCACUUUAAAAGGAUUCAGGAACGGGACGUUUGAAGUGCUGGUGGCCACCAACGUGGCAGCCCGCGGUCUGGACAUACCAGAAGUGGAUCUGGUCAUCCAGUGCUCUCCACCAAAGGAUGUGGAGUCUUACAUCCAUCGCUCAGGACGAACUGGCAGAGCGGGACGAACAGGCGUCUGUAUCUGUUUCUAUCAGCGUAAAGAGGAAGCCCAGUUGAAGUUUGUAGAGCAAAAAGCUGGCAUCACCUUCAAACGGGUCGGAGUCCCAACAGCGAAUGAAAUCAUCAAAUCCUCCAGUAAAGAUGCCUUGAGGUUUUUAGACUCUGUUCCAGCGACGGCUGUUGAAUAUUUUCGUGAGGCAGCGCGUGAGCUGAUUGAGCAGCGGGGGGCUGAAGUGGCUCUGGCGGCUGCACUUGCUCAUAUAUCUGGAGCCACGAGUCUGGAACAACGCUCUCUUCUCAACUCAGACACCGGAUUCACCACAAUGACCCUGAGCUGCUCUUUAGAGAUGCAUAAUAUUGGUUACGCGUGGCGUGGAUUGAAGGAACAGCUCGGAGAAGAAAUUGAUAACCAGAUCAAACGUAUGACCUUCCUCAAGGGCAAGAAGGGUGUUUGUUUCGAUGUUCCAGCCGGUAAAGUGAAGGAGAUUCAGGACAAAUGGCAGAAUGGUCGUCGCUGGGAGCUGACGGUUGCUACGGAACUUCCAGAACUGGAACAGAGCACGCGUGUCGCCGGCGAACGAAUGUCCGGUGGGUUCGGAGGUCGGGGUCGAGGAGGAGGACGGCGGUCGUUUGGUGGAGGCUUCAGAGGCAAUGGUGGUAGAGGAGGAGGAGGUGGAAGAGGAGGAGGAGGAAGAGGAAGAGGAGGAGGAGACAGACGAGGAGGUCCUCAGAAGCGAAGCUUUAGUCAGGCAUUUGAUUAUUGAUGAUGGACCACCGUGAUGAUCGAACUGUCACAUCUUUUUUUUUACUGCCAUUUCUCUGUGCUCGAUCCAUGAGACACAUGCAGGUUGUUUUUACAUGCAGCUGUGGUAUUUAUAUAAUAAAUUCCAUUCACAUUAAAGUGGCUUUACAACAAA